GAAAGACUUGAAGAAGUAAUGGCGGUAGCGGCUAGGAAAAGCGUCGCGUCCUUGAUGCAAAAAACUCUGGAUCGCCAAGCGGCUUUAGCUCGUACUAGAUUGAAAUUCUCCGAAAAACAAAUAGAACAGAUACUUCUUAAUUAUGCUAAAACAGGAAACAUUGGCCCCUACUCGGAGCUAGUCAGAGUUUUGAGAGAUUACCCAUUAAAUGAUGAGAAUUUUCGCAUUAUUCUCGAAGAUUGUCUCUCUUGCGUUCUUAUUAUGGGACAGGAUUUCAAGCAGUUUGUAGAAGCAGUGUGCAAUGUUGAGUGGGCUAGUAGGUGUGAAAAGUUAGUCAACCUUUUCAGCACCUUCAUCAUUAGCCUAGUCACUGCACAUAUUUACCAUUGUCCGCAAGUGAUGAGCUGUCUGGUUAAGGUUUUUAAAGCUAAUGAAGAAAACUGGGAUGACACUCCACCAACAGAGAAAUUGAAUAGCUGGUCUAACAUUCAUACAAUAAUAGCACAAAUUAUUGCAAUAAUGCCGAUGACAAAUGAACUUUUAAUGGAGACUGUGAUAGAUCAAUUUCCAUAUCACAAAGCGGGUUGUAGUUCAAAUAGAUCUUUCAUAUAUAACCUUAUAUGGAUUAGCAAAUACCUACCUUCACUUACAGAGGAAAUUAUGAUGAUUAUUAUUAAUAGAAUGAUAGUAAUGGACGGCAAUAUAGUGGAAAGUGACAAUAAAAUGAAACAGAAUGACACACUAUUUGACAUGGAUGUGGAACAACAUGAUGACAUCUCUGAAACCCUAGACUAUAGUAUGCUAGAAGUAUUGCACUGGCUACAGGAAGAAAGAGACCCUAUUUUGAACCACAUGUGCACAGCUUUUGAAAAAAUAAUACUACCAACUUACGGAAUCAGGCAUGUUCAAUUUUUACUGCUGUAUACAAUAUCAAUAAACCAACAUUGCGCUGACCGAGUUCUCAACAAUCUGUGGACAGUAGCGGCAGGGCUUCAGGGUCUUGGGCCCGGUGCAUUGGCAACAAGACGCACAGCUGCCAGUCAUCUUGCAGGCCUGCUGGCUCGUUGUGUUCGAGUUCCUAACUCAAGAUUAGUACAAUUCUUGAAGACAAUGACAGAUUGGUGCCAUUCCUACAUCUCUGCAGCUCAAGAGUCCACCACUGUUACUGAUAACAUUAAAGCUCAUGGAGCCUUCCAUGCUAUAUGUCAUGCUGUGUUUUACCUAAUUGCAUUCAAACACCAGCAUCUGUUUAUGAGUAAAGAAAGCUUAAACUUUGUGGAGUCUCUUAAUCUUCCUCGGCUAGUGGCUUGCACACUGAAUCCUCUCCGCACCUGCCCACCACAAGUGACACGAGCAUUUUCAUCGGUGACUCGGUCUCACCAAAUUGUGUAUUGUCAAGCUAUUAUUGAGAACAAUGCGCGACACACGUUACAGUCUGCAGAUAUUUUGCAGUAUGAUGAAUGGUUUCCAUACGACCCUUAUCAAUUACCUAGAAGCGGUAAAAUAAUAUGGCCGCUGUGCAUCGAUUACAAAGACUGGUUAAAAGAAGGCGAUGACGAAACUCAAUACUCAAACAUGAAAAAGAAAAUGGAGGCAGACGAUGAUGACUUUUUAAUGUCUGUUAGUCCAUGUUCUAAACUAGCAAGCUCACUGUCCAAUGGAGUAUUACCUGGAUUUAGAACAAGUGAAAGCAUACCAUACUAAAAUUUAUUUAUUUAUUAUUAAGGAGAAAAGUAAAAAUUUACUCUAUAAAACUCUAGUAAUAAAUGAAACUGUCUAAUUUACUUUGUAUAACUUAUUGUGAUAAACAAUGAAGUUUUAGAUGCUGCUAUCCUGCAUCUAUUUAUGCUUAAAACAUGUUAUUAGUCAAUGUACAUACUUUACAUUCGUUGAUUACUCUGCCUUUUUAUUCUAUUUAAUUGCGUAUUGACUGUCAAAAAUAUAAUAAAGUAUAUUUAUGGAAUAAGGAUUUUCAUUUUGAAACAACACUUGUUCAUCAAUGUAAUUUUAUUGAGAUCACACUACAUUCACAUCACAUAAGCUGCAGGUUCAUUGUUUGUGAAAUAAUAUACUGAAUUUAACUUCAUUCCUAUAAAUUAUGACAAAAAAUAUUACAGUUGAGUCUGUUUUUUGAGAAAUAUAUAAUAACAAAAGUAAAAUCGUUAGUUUGUAAAGGAUUACAAUUGCUGACUAAUAAAUAAUAUGGUAUUUUUUGAUAUUCUAAUUUUAGGGGUUAGAAAAUGAAGUGGCUGUUUUAACGUAGUAUCUGCCUUGAAUGAAAACACAUCAUGCACGGAA